AUGAUAAAUGGAAAGAAUUAUAUAAAAGAAGAUAUUAAUAAAUUUACUAUUCCAUCAACAAUUACUAAAUUAGGAUAUGGAUGUUUUUAUGAAUGUUCAUCAUUAACAUCUAUUAAUAUACCAACAACAAUUACAUCAAUUGGAGAUGGAUGUUUUUCUAGAUGUUCAUCAUUACAAUCAAUUAAUAUUCAAACAACAAUUACAUCAAUAGGAAAUCGAUGUUUUUAUAAAUGUUCAUCAUUAACAUCAAUUAAUAUACCAUCAACAAUUAGAUUAAUAGAGUGUUAUUGUUUUGGGGGAUGUUCAUCAUUACAAUCAAUUAAUCUACCAACAACAAUUAAUGAAAUAAGAAAUCGAUGUUUUUAUAAAUGCUAUUCAUUAACAACAAUUAAUAUACCAUCAACAAUUACAUCAUUUGGGAGAUCAUGUUUCUAUGGAUGUGGUUGUGUUGAAGAAUUAACACAAAAUAAAAGAAUACCAAUAGAGUGUUUUGAUAAUUAA